UUUUCAUUGUUUUGUAUUUACACACCAACCAACCAAACACCAAAACCACCACCAACCACUCACCUCCGUACUCCGCCGCCAGACACCAUCUUCCGGCCAGUCGAGUCACCAUACGGUAAAAAGAUGUUUUUCCACAUUGUGUUGGAGAGAAAUAUGCAACUACACCCGCGUCAUUUUGGCCGGGACCUACGCGAAAAGCUGGUUUCGAAGCUCAUGAAAGAUGUCGAGGGAACUUGCAGUGGGCGACAUGGAUUUGUCGUCGCCAUUACAGGAGUUGAAGAGGUUGGGAAAGGGCUGAUUCGAGACGGUACAGGCUUCGUGACUUUUCCAGUGAAAUAUCAAUGUGUUGUUUUCCGUCCUUUCAAAGGGGAAAUCUUGGAAGCUGUUGUAACAAUGGUGAAUAAGAUGGGUUUCUUUGCUGAAGCUGGGCCUGUCCAAAUAUUUGUGUCAAACCAUUUGAUACCGGAUGACAUGGAGUUUCAGUCAGGAGAUAUGCCUAAUUACACAACUUCAGAUGGAUCUGUUAAAAUUCAAAAGGAUAGUGAGGUUCGAUUGAAGAUCAUUGGGACUAGAGUUGAUGCCACUGAAAUAUUCUGCAUUGGCACAAUUAAAGAUGAUUUCUUGGGCGUAAUUAGUGAUCCUGGUUCAACUUCAUGAUUCAUGGAAUACUUUUUCUCUCCUGAAGGAAAUAGUUCAUGCUUGCUAUUAGAUAAACCUUGUUGCGUCAACAUUGAGUUUUGUAUAUACAGUACUAGAUUAAAGUAGAUCUUCUCAUGACUCAACCCAAAGCCUUGUACUGCAGCUGGAUUCUGGUUCUAACCCAGGAAUUUUAUUUUGUUUCCUCUGUAGUUCCUGUUAUAUUUAAUGCAGUAGUUGCAUGAGAUUCAUGUUUGGUUGGCGAUAAAUUUAUUCGUAACAAAGUUUCAUGGCAAAAUUUUACCAUU